AACUUUCUGCGCGCACACACUACCGUGCGUGGUCACUCCUCCUUGCGUGUGCGUGCGCGCUCCCUCCUAUCGCGUGGUGGUGGUCAUCCAUAUUGCUGGGAGUAGUGGAGAUUACCUAGUAAUAUUAGAGGUUUACCGAGGCUUUUUAAUGUUUUAACUUAAAGAAACCACUCUGCGUCUUAGACUGAAGGCUAUUUGGUCUAGGGGUGGAGUGGAGAGAGCUAAGACAAGAGGUUAUUCACGGGAUACACCUUAUUUGUUGCUAGGUUGAAAGCGGAUUUGGGGGUAUCGUGUAGGGAAAAGGAGAAAUGGCCACGCAGGUGGAGGCUCUCCUGCCGAACAAUCCUCUGCUGAACCCGGAGGACCGUGGGCAUGCAGGCCAGAUCAAACAUGGUGACGACCGUUUGGAGAAGGGGCCGAAGACGACGGGCGUUUCGGACGAUUCGAGCACCGUCAAGGGAACCGAUGCGGAGUCGGGUGGGUGCACCACCAACGAACAGUGUUUAAAGCAAGCGAAAGAAGAGAUCAACAACCAAGGGAAAUUGAAUUCGCCCGAAGAAUCUCUCAGUGAUUCCCAGGAAGAUGUCAAAAAUAACAAAAAGGAGUUUACGGAGGCUCCACCGCCCAAGGUGAACCCAUGGACUAAGAAAAUGAACGCCGUCACCGUGGUCAGUGUAAACGGACAGGCACAUCAGGAGCCCACUGGACCAGCAAAGGUGGUGAAGGCAGGAAACCCCAGACCCCGGAGAGGAGGAAAGGUUGGGGACUUUGGAGAUGCCAAUAACUGGCCAACCCCUGGAGAGAUCGCCUCAAAAGACCAACAGACGGAGGGUAGCGCGAGCAGUGUGUGUGUUAAGGUGACUCGUGAGGCAGGCCCAACCACCUGCCGCCCCUCAGUCCCGAAGAAGGUGACUGCCAAGAAGGAGAAGGAGAAGGAGAAGCGUGAGAUCGAGGAGACCAAGGAGAACCAGAAGACGACCAAAUCGGACGACUCGGGAGAAGAGAAGAACGGCGACGAGGAGUCCCAGAAAAACGGCCAGAAAAAGAAAGGUAACAAGCACAAGUGGGUUCCUCUGGUGAUUGAGGUGAAGUCUGAGGGCCCGCGAGAGCGUUCCGCCUCCCGGAACAACACGCGCCAGAACGAGCCUUCCCGCAUGCCCCCGAACAGCAGGAACGACCUCCGCGAUUGGCACAGCGGGAAGUACGAGCGUGAGUUCCGUGACGACCAUGACGAGGUGUCGAGUGUCAAGAGCGAGGGUGCUCCGUUCCGUGCUGGGUUCCGAGGACGCGGCCGUGGCCGAGGGAGAGGAAGAGGCAGAGGCAGAGGAGGAAGCAGAGGACAUUAUGACUAUCAUUACGGCUACAAAGGCUACGAGGGGAAAGACGGCGCCUACGGCCCCAAGUUCCCCAACAGCUCCGUCACCUAUUACUAUGACAACCUGAGCAGCCAAGACCUGUACUCUGUGGACCAGGGUCUGCUGAAGGACUACAUCAAGAGACAGAUUGAGUACUACUUCAGUGUGGAUAACCUGCAGAGGGACUUUUUCCUGCGGAGGAAGAUGGAUGAGGGGGGCUUCCUGCCCGUCACUCUUGUCGCCAGCUUCCACCGAGUCCAGGCCCUCACCACAGAUAUCAGCCUGAUCCUAGAGGCUUUGAAGGACAGCAGUGUGGUGGAGAUCAUUGACAUGAAGAUCCGCUGUAAAGAGGAACCCGACAAGUGGCCGCUGCCUGGCCUGGCCGCACCCGACCAGAACCAGACGGAUUUCUCUCAGCUCAUCAACUGUCCCGAGUUUGUGCCCAGACAAUCCGUGGAGCCAAAGUCCAACACGCCACGCUCCUCCACGCCUGUUCAGUCUAAACCAGAGGACGUGAGUAACCUGAAGACCAUGCCCAAAGGUCUGUCCGCCAGUCUGCCUGACCUCGACUCAGAGUCCUGGAUCGAGGUCAAGAAGAGGCCUCGGCCCUCGCCCGCCAGACCCAAGACCCCCUCGUUGCAGAAGGCGGAGGAGAGCCCAAUCGCCACGGUGAUCCCCACCACGCCGACCCCGACGGCCAAAGUCCAGGAGGCGGAGGAGCCGGAGGAGCUGGACUUCAUGUUCGAUGAGGAAAUGGAGCAGAUGGACGGCCGGCGCAACACGUUCACCGACUGGUCCGACGAGGAGACUGACGGCGAGAUCGACGACCACGACGUCAACAAGAUCCUCAUCGUCACGCAGACGCCGCCGUACCUGCGCAAGCACCCCGGCGGAGACCGCACUGGCAACCACACCUCGCGCUCCAAGCUCACCUCCGAGCUGGUCAAGGUCAUCAACGACGGACUCUACUACUACGAGCAGGACCUGUGGGACGACACCUAUGAACCCGAGUACGCCACCAUCAAGCAAGAGGUGGAGAACUUCAAGAAGGUUCACCUGAUCAGCCGGGAGGAGUUUGAUUGCCUGACCCCGGAGCCCCCCGUAGACCCCAACCAGGAGGUGCCACCGGGACCCCCACGCCCACAGAACAUCCCCACUGACGCUCUGGCCAACAAGCUGUUUGGCGCCCCUGAGCCGUCCACCAUCGCCCGCUCGCUGCCCACCACCGUGCCUGACUCCCCCAACUACCGCAGCGCGCGCACCCCACGCACCCCCAGGACGCCGCGCCUCAAGGACCCCACGCAGACGCCACGCUUCUACCCCGUCGUCAAGGAGGGCCGGGCCGUCGAUGCCAAGACCCCACGGAAGAGGAAGACCCGACACAGCUCCAACCCGCCCAUGGAGUGUCACGUGGGAUGGGUCAUGGACUCCAGAGAACACCGCUCACGUACUGCCUCAGUCAGCUCCAAUGCCAGCCCCUCUGAGGGCACUCCUGCCCUGGGCAACAUCGGCUGCACCCCUCAGUCUCUGCCCAAGUUCCAGCACCCCUCCCACGAGCUGCUCAAGGAGAACGGCUUCACGCAACACGUCUACCACAAGUACCGCCGCCGCUGCCUCAACGAACGGAAGCGUCUGGGCAUUGGUCAGUCCCAGGAGAUGAACACGCUGUUCCGGUUCUGGUCCUUCUUCCUGCGAGAUCACUUCAACAGGAAGAUGUACGAGGAGUUCAAGCAGCUGGUGGUGGAGGACGGCAAAGCUGGAUAUCGGUAUGGCCUGGAGUGCCUGUUCCGCUACUUCAGCUACGGCCUAGAGAGGAAGUUCCGGCCCGACAUUUUCAGAGACUUCCAGGAGGAAACCAUGAAAGACUAUGAAGCUGGCCAGCUGUAUGGACUGGAGAAGUUCUGGGCCUUCCUGAAGUACUCCAAGGCCAAGAACCUGGAAAUCGACCCUAAACUCUCAGAGUAUCUGAGCAAGUUCAAACGCCUGGAGGACUUCAGAGUGGAUCCCCCGAUGGAGGAAGGCGGUCGAAAGAGGCACUCAUCCAGCGGAGACGGCCGUCGCCGCCACCCCCUCCCACGGCUCGCACGCCCCCUUGCAGGCUGCCCGCCCCCCCCGCGAUGAUGCCAAACCCAGCGCCCUGCGGAGCCCCGCCCUCGACGCCAAGCCCCAGAAGUAGCCCCGCGACACGGCGCGUCACGACUCUGCCGUCACCCCCCGCACCUCUCCACUUCCUGUGCCCCCUUUCCCCCCGAGGACCGCUGGCCAGCGCUGAGCAAGCAUGACACCAAAACAAACCAACGCAAACGUACGUAACGCGGACACGAACGACAGCAGCACCCGGAUGGAAAAUAUCAAAGCUCUUCCAUUUUAUUUUUUAUCUCUUAUCUUACUUUUUUUUUUUUUUCCCCCUCCCAUUUCCUCGACGUUUAAAAAUGAAAAUGACAAAGGGCGUCAUGUUGAUGAUGGUGUUAAGGGCUGGAGAGAGCUUUUUUUUUUUCUUUCUUUUUUUUCCCCUCCUUUGGGAUGUCAUAUCAGAGUAGUUAGUUUUUAUUUUCCUGCUCUGGGAUUGGCUGGAUCUGCAGUUUUGGAUCGUUGGAUUGGCUGGAUUUGAACGAGCCCGUCCCCUAGCCCUCUCUUUCUUUCUUUCUUUCUUUCUUUUCUUUCUUUCUUUCUUUCUUUCUCUCCAUCUCUCUGCCCCCUCCCCCCAUUUCUCCGAGCUGAGCUGAGGUGCGCUACGCUGCAAGUGGACUCCUCCAGAAACGGCCGCUCAUCGCUCAUUCCUCUCUCUCUCUCUCUCUCUCUCUCUCUCUCUCUCUCUCUCUCUCUCUCUCUCUCUCUCUCUCUCUCUCUCUCUCUCUCUCUCUCUCUCUCUCUCUCUCUCUCUCUCUCUCUCUCUCUCUCUCUCCUCCUCUCUGUGCUUUUACGACUUCUUUUCUGAGAGCCGUGUGGGAAUUCUUAAGUUGGACAACGAGAGAGAACCUUUUUGUGUUGAACUGAACAUUUGGAGGGCUGAGGGAGAGAGAAAAAAAAAAUGCAUAAAGAAAAAAAAACAAAACAAAGAAACUUUUAUGUUGGAACCUUCUGAAUUGAAAAGUGAGCAAAAAGAAAAAAAAAAAAACUUGACUAGCAGUGGGGCUGGAUUUAAAUAUAUAUAUAUAUAU